GACAUUGCAAUUGUUUUAUGAGGAAAGUAACCACACUUUUUGGGAAGAAAAAGCUGAUAAAAAUCUCUGAGAAAUCUCAAAAAAGUGCUUUUGGUUCAGUAAAAGUAGUGCUAAAAGGUUAUCAGGAUGCCUGCGGAAAAUUUGGAAGAGCAGGGUUUGGAGAAGAAUCCCAAUUUGGAGCUGGCUCAGCUGAAAUUCCUGCUUAGCCUUCCGGAACAUCGGAAUGACAAAGAAAUCCAGGGAAAGCUCAUGAAUGCCAUCCGUGAGGACAACAUGGCCCAGUUCUAUGAGGAAGUAUGCAAAGAUUUGGGCUGGCCAGUGGAUCAAGCUCUGCUGACGAAGAUGAAGGAGACAAAUGAGAAGAAGCUGGAAGAGUUGAAUGCCGUGAUUGAGGAUGCAGAGAAGAAUUUGGGCGAAAUGGAGGUGCGUGAGGCUAAUCUCAAGAAAUCCGAGUUUCUCUGCCGCAUCGGAGACAAAGAGGGUGCAAUUAGUGCUUUCCGGAAGACGUACGACAAGACUGUGUCCCUGGGUCAUCGGCUGGACAUUGUCUUCCACAACAUUCGCCUGGGUUUGUUCUACCUGGAUCACGAUCUCAUUACGCGAAACAUUGAGAAGGCAAAGAUUCUCAUUGAAGAGGGUGGCGAUUGGGAUCGCAGGAAUCGCUUGAAGGUCUACCAGGGAGUCUACUGCAUUGCCGUGAGAGACUUCAAGGCAGCAGCUACAUUCUUCUUGGACACCGUGAGCACCUUCACAUCCUACGAACUCAUGGACUAUCCAACAUUCGUCCGGUACACCGUUUACGUGUCCAUGAUUAGCCUCCCACGCAAUGAGCUGCGGGACAAAGUAGUAAAAGGUUCGGAGAUUCAGGAAGUUCUUCACUCAUUAUCCGACGUGAAGGCCUACCUGACUUCCCUCUAUAACUGCCAGUAUGCAGAAUUCUUCGUGAAUCUGGCCAAGGUGGAGAAUUUCCUUCGCAAUGAUUAUCUCGUGAAUCCCCACUAUCGCUUCUAUGUGCGCGAAAUGAGAAUCUCGGCGUACACGCAGCUUCUGGAAUCCUACCGUUCCCUCACUCUUCAGUACAUGGCUCAAGCUUUUGGAGUUUCCAUUGAGUACAUCGACGCCGAACUCUCCAGAUUCAUCGCAGCAGGACGUCUGCAUUGCAAAGUAGAUCGCGUCGGUGGCAUCGUGGAGACAAAUCGUCCGGACAGCAAAAAUUGGCAGUAUCAGGCCACGAUCAAGCAGGGAGAUUUGCUCCUCAAUAGAGUUCAGAAGCUCAGUAGAGUCAUCAAUAUUUAAAAUAAUAAUUUGUUUGCCCAUUUCGUGGAUUACGAAUAAAUUUUCUAUUCUAAAAUAAA